AGGAGUCAGAUCCUGGGCUGUACGCAUCAGAGAUAAAAUCAGUGUCUCAACCUAUGACUGACAUUUGUUUCCUUUCUUAUGAUAAAGACGAGUAUCCAUAUUUUAGUGCAUAUUCAGUUGAUGAAGAGGAUGGCAGCAUUUCACCAAAAUACUACAUUUAUCCUCCCUCUCCUAUAAAGCAACAUGGGAUCUUCCGUGGCGCUACUUGUAAUGGUGUAUUCCACUUUAUGAAUGAUCACGACCAGCAUAUGAUGUGGAACCUAACAACAAAUGAGUGUAAGGCCCUCCCCAUGUCCUUUGAUCGACGCCCUCGUCUUGAUUCCCCUGUGGUGGCAUCUGGAAUGUGGUAUGACCAUACACGUGAAAAUUACAAAUUGUUGCAAUUUGUUAGGAAUUACGCGAUAUUUGAGGAAGAUGAGGCAGAUGAUUCGAUUUGGUUGUAUUCACUCAAGAGUAAUUCAUGGAAAACAUUACCACGCAUGUUCUCACCAGCUUCUACUUGCACAAAUGAUGUUUUUUAUUGUGGAGCAUCUUUUGGGGAAUCCGAAUGUAUUAUAUCAUUCAACUUCUCUACUGAAACUCUUUCUAAGAUACACUUGCCUCUUCUUGACAAGACAAAAUGUUAUCAGAUUAUGGAGUAUAAAGGGUUGCUUAGCAUUGUUGUAUACUCAUCCAUGUUUGGUACUAACCGUGAACCUAGCGAGUAUGAGCUCUGGGUUAUGAAUGAUGGAUUGUGGAGUAGAGAAUCUGUUUUCCAUGUUUGUGGUGUUCACGAGCCGGUAUGGUUUUCCAGAAAUGGCCGGUUUCUAUAUUUUGAAAGCUUCAGGGAUGAAGUAGUGGUGUUUGAUCGUGCCACUGGGAAAUCGAAGAAUCUUGGUAUCCAUUGUUAUUCAACUCGAUUAAAAAUUUAUCCACUUGCUGAGAGCUUUGUCCAACUCAAUGGAGUUUCACUUGUUGAGGACCUUGAGGAGUUGGUGACAGUAGAAGAGGAGUUGGUGAGAGUAGAAGAAGAAGAAGAAGACGAUGACUAUGGAUACUAUUAAACCAUUUCAGUGCAGCAGUGUUCCAGUUCCUCUUUAGUGGACCGUUGUUGGAAUGUAUAUAUGCUUAUGUUUGUAGUAAAAUACUCAUGUAAUGGAAGAGAUGAUGCAGUAAUCAGUAACCUUAUAUUAUAUACUCCAUAUAUAUAGGUUUUUUUGUCUUUGUGAAAGAAA